AUGAGUAUUCCAUUUGGUUUAGAUUUGGGUAACAACAAUGCUGUAUUGGCUGUUGCUAGAAACAGAGGUAUUGACGUUGUUGUUAACGAAGUUUCCAACCGUUCUACCCCAGCUCUAGUUAGUUUCGGUCCAAAGAAUAGAUUUGUUGGUGAAUCUGGUAAGAACAAGCAAACUUCCAACAUCAAGAAUACCGUUGAUAACUUGAAGAGAAUCAUUGGUUUGGACUAUGAAAACCCAGAAUUCAAGGAAGAAAGCAAACAUUUCUCCGCUAAGUUGGUCAAGCUAGAAGAUGGCAAGGUUGGUACUGAAGUCAGAUUUGCUGGUGAAAAGCAAGUUUACUCUGCCACCCAAUUGGCUGCUAUGUUCAUUAACAAGGUCAAGUCUACCGUGAUUGAUGAAACAAAGGGUAACAUCACUGACGUUGCCAUCGCUGUCCCAACUUGGUACACUGAAGAGCAAAGAUAUGCUAUCGCUGACGCCGCUAGAAUUGCUGGUUUGAACCCGGUUAGAAUCGUAAACGAUGUUACUGCCGCCGCUGUCUCCUACGGUGUCUUCAAGACAGAUUUGCCAGAAGGUGAAGAAAAGUCUAGAAUUGUCGCAUUCAUCGACAUUGGUCACUCUUCUUACACCUGCUCUAUCGGCUCUUUUAGAAAGGGUGAAUUGAAGGUCUUAGGAACUGCUUACGACAAGCACUUUGGUGGUAGAGACUUCGACCGCGCCAUUACCGAACACUUCGCUGAUGAAUUCAAAACUAAGUACAAGAUUGACAUCAGGGAAAACGCCAAGGCUUAUAACAGGGUUUUGACCGCUGCUGAGAAGCUGAAAAAGGUUUUGUCUGCUAACACUGCCGCCCCAUUGAACAUCGAAUCUGUUAUGAACGAUGUCGAUGUUUCUUCUCAAUUGUCUAGAGAUGAAUUAGAAGAAUUAGUCUCCUCCUUAUUGGAACGUGUCACUGACCCUGUCACCAAGGCUUUGAAGCAAGCCAACUUGACUGCUGAGGAUGUCGACUUUGUCGAAAUCAUUGGUGGUACUACCCGUAUCCCAUGUUUGAAGAAUGCUAUUUCUAAGGCUUUCAACAAACCUCUAUCUACCACCUUGAACCAAGAUGAAGCUAUUGCUAAGGGUGCUGCUUUCGUGUGCGCAAUCCACUCUCCAACUAUGAGAGUUCGUCCAUUCAAGUUUGAAGAUAUUCAUCCAUACUCUGUCUCUUAUUACUGGGACAAGCAAGUUGAAGAUGAGGAUCAUUUGGAAGUCUUCCCAGCUGGUUCAACUUAUCCUUCUACCAAGCUAAUUACCUUGCACCGUACUGGUGAUUUCACCAUCGAAGCUAAAUACACCAACAAGGAGGAAUUGCCACCUCAUGUUCCUGUUGAAAUUGCUAAGUGGGAAAUCAAUGGUGUCAAGCUAAACGACGGAGAAUCUUCUAUUCCAGUCAAACUAAAAUUGAGAUGUGAUCCAUCUGGUUUGCACACUGUCGAAGACGCUUACACUAUUCACGACAUUGAAGUCGAAGAGCUUGUCCCACCACCAGCUGACGCCCCAGAAGGUACUGAACCAGAAUACAAGAAGGUCACUAAGACUGUCAAGAAGGAUUCUUUGACCAUCGUUGCUCACACUUUUGCUUUGGAUGAGAAGAAGUUGAACGAAUUGAUCGAAAAGGAAAAUGAAUUGACAGCCCAAGACAAAUUGGUUUUCGAAACCGAAGAUCGUAAGAACACUCUAGAAGAAUACAUCUAUACCUUGAGAGGUAAGUUGGAUGAAGAAUACUCCGAAUUUGCUUCCGAUGAUGAAAAGGAAAGAUUAAAGAGUAUGUUGGCUAAAGCCGAAGAAUGGUUGUACGACGAAGGUUACGAUUCUACUAAGGCUAAGUACAUUGCUAAGUACGAAGAAUUGGCUUCUCUUGGUAACAUGAUCAGAGGUAGAUACUUGGCUAAGGAAGAAGAAAAGAAGCAAGCUUUGAGAGCUAAGCAAGAAGCUUCAAGAAUGGCUGAAAUGGCUGAAAAAUUGGCUGCCCAGAGAAAGGCUGCUGCUGAAGCCAAGCCUGAAGAACCAGCUAACGGUGAAGGUGAUGUUGAUAUGGAUUAG